CUGUGUGUCUCCUCUUCUCCACUCCUCACCCUCACCUUUCUCUAAACCUCUUUCUAUAGACAGACCACCUUAGCUCUCUCUCCCUCCCAAACCCAACCUCUCUCUCUCUCUCUCUCUGUCUCCUCUUCUCCACUGCUCACCCUCCCCUUUCUCAAAACCUUUCUCUAUAGACAGACCACCUUAGCUCCCCCUCUCUCUCUCUCUCCCCCCUUCCCCACCCCUACCCUUCUCCUAAAAAGAAGAAAACACCACCCAACUAAAUGGCUUAUAACAACCGAGAAAGCUCGAGAAGUGGGUUGGGCUGCCUCUGUAACGCCCUCUUCAAACUCAUCAUAUUUGGCGGCCUCUCCGUCUUCUCCUUCUGGCUGAUAUUCCGCCCUCAUAGGUUCAAGGCCUACGUCAACACCGCCUCUCUCGCCCGCUUUGAGCUCGCCGACGCCAACUCCACCCUACAAUACAACCUCUCCCUCGACCUCGCCAUUCGCAACCCCAACCGGAGAAUCGGCAUCUACUACGACCGCAUCGAGGCCACCGCCUUGUACGAUGGAUCGCAGCUGAGCUCCACCACACUUCCCACCUUCUACCAGCAUCCCAAGAACACCACCGUGCUGCACCCGGCCUUCGAUGGGCGGUCGCCGGCCCUUGGAACGGCGGCCACCACCUUUAAGAGGGAGAAGGGCGAGGGAUUCUUCUACAUGGAGGUAAAGGCCUCCGCUAAGAUCAGGUUGAAGGUUUGGUUCAUCAAGACCCGGCAUUUCAAGCCCCGGAUUGCGUGCACGGUGAAGAUUCCGGCGCCGGCGAGCUCCAUCCCGUUUGAGAGCACGAAGUGCCAUGUGGACUACUGAUAACCCUGCCAUGGUGGAUUCUUUUCGCCCCUUUCAUGCGGAAAACCUCGAUUGAUUCCUUCAUUGUUAUCGUUAAUUAAAAGCGUCGGUUUUUGUUUUAUAGUCUCAAUGCGGUUUUCCCGGAAGCAGCCAUGUGAUGGCGUGUGUGAAAUGAUAAGCUGAUUGAUGAGUUGUUUAAUGUUCUUGUGGCUUCCCACUUUCUUAACAACCAUCUUGAUGAAAUAAAUAUUGACUCAAGUAAGUCGUCUCUGAUG